AUGGGGAUUUGUAUAUCGGUGAAGUGCUGUCCGGAUCCAGAACCUCAACCAGACUCCGUCAUAGUGGUAGAAAAUCCACCUCCUCAAAUGCGAUGGCUAUCAGGGGUAUCCUCCGCGUCAAUAACCGCUAUUAAAACAAAAUGGAUUUGUAUUGAGGUUAAGUUUCUACUUGUUGCUGUUACUGUUGACGAACUUCUUAGUCUGACUGCUAAGCCGGAGGUCGUGGGUAUUAUUCCCACCCAAGACAAUUAUUGUGUGUGA